AUGGGGAGCCCUAGGCAACCUCUGCGUUCGAGUCCGAAUGGCUCUCAAGCCUCGCGUGACGCCGCUCUGUCUGGCGCCAACCUGGCUUUCAUCAAGUCGCUACCACCACACGAGGCUCUAAAGUAUCUCAAUAAGCGCUCUCCGCCGCCGGUUCCAACCCAGAGACGACAGCAGAAUGUUCGAUCAACGGCUCAUCACCCGGUCGCUCACCAUGACGGCCCCGCCAGCACCCGCACAUCACCGGAUCACCUGAGGCUGCCAAAAAGACCACCGCACAAGACGAAUGCUUCGACGUCGAGCCUGUCCGCUACCAUCGCUGCCGCUCGCUCCGCUGUUACCGUCAACAAUGCGCUCGCCCAGCCGCCGGUCAAACCGCCGGUUCGCGCGGCUGGGAACCUCCCUUCGCCCACCGCGUCCAAGAGAAAGUCGCCUGAAACGCUGGACCUUACCCCUAUCCCGCCAACAACUUCGCUGGUCGAACUGUUCGAGCGCAAGGAAACUCCCCCGUCGCCGGCCAUCAAAUCUCCGAAACCGCUGCGCAAGACUUUUCUUCUACGCAAUCAGACCCUUGAGCCUAUUACCACCCGUCUAGAGCAGACGUACAACGAGAGUUCUGGCGAUGAGGCCUACGAGUCCGCUAGGGAUCAUUUGUCGCCAGAUCAGCCACACAAACCGAGUCUGCCGCCACCUCCUCGUACCAUCCAACGUGCCGACAGCAAAGUUCAAGAGCUCACAGAACCCUCGAUCCGCGUACAACCGCCCUCGCGCACCAUAUCUGAGAAGAAUGUGACACGUCGGCGCUCGUCUUCUCCUGAUCCCUUACACCUGUCGACCUCCACUACGAAGCCCAUACCCAUCCAUCGGAAUUACAGCCCCAAUCAUUUGACCCACCCUGAUCAUCCUUCCAUCGCGGCUGUCUAUCACCAGCUCCACCCUCGUCGUAUGACACCCCUCAAAUCUGGCGACUCGCUAGCCAACGCAAUUGUCGCCUCCAGUCUUGCAUCGUCUCGAGCGCCAUCGCCCACAAAGCUCCCAUCCUCGCUACCAGGUCGACGCACGUCUCAUCACAAACUUUUCGCCCGUACUCCUAGUCCCAAGAAGGGCAUGCGCCAUACAAUGCGCAAGCCCACCUCUGACUCCGAAAGCGAUUCGGAUGAGGAUCCCUACUCCAAGCACAAGAAAAAGCGAUGGGUGAAGAAACACCCCAACAAGCAUCACGAAGGCGACAGGAAACGCUGGCGAGACAGUGUCACUCAAACUGAACGGAAACGCUACGAGGGCCUUUGGGCAGCCAACAGGGGCCUUCAUGUUGAAUAUACCGCUUCAGAGCUAGUUGUGCUUACUGCACACCCUGAGUCCAAAGAGAGCGAUAGAAUUCGAUCUGAUGUUUGUGACCAGAUCGCGGAUAUCGUAGCAAAAGACAUUUGGCUGCGGAGCCGGUUACCUCCCCAUGAGUUGGAGUUGAUCUGGGAUUUGGUCGACAACCAGAAAUGCGGAAGGCUCCAACGGGACGAGUUUGUUGUCGGACUGUGGCUGAUCGAUCAACGGCUGAAGGGCCGAAAAAUCCCUGUCAAGGUCACCGAAAGUGUUUGGAAUAGCGUGAGACUACUUUCUGGCAUCAAGCUCAGGAAGGGUUGA